AUGUCGCUCGGAAGCCACGCCCCCUUCUUCUCGCGAGAUCUUCACACUGGCUGUGAAGGAGCGGCGAGAUCUCGCGAGAUCCUCCCCCCACUGUGGCUUGUAGUAGUGAAGCAGCGGCGAGAUCUCCCCCACUCUGUGAAGGAGCCGCGAGAUCUCGCGAGAUCUCCGCACCGUGUCUGUGAAGUAGGCGGCCGACCGCAACUCUCGCGAGAUCUCGCUCUGAAGCCACGCCCCUUCUCCCUCCCGCCCCCGUCCUCCCCUCACGCGUCGCCGCCAUUUUGCCGCCGGGCCCGAUCCUCGUUCCCGAGCGCCCCCCCCCGCGUCACCGGCACCGUGGAAGUGGAGUGUGAGGAGGAGGAGGAGGGCCCCGCGCACACAGGCGGCAGUGGGGAGCGCAGGCUGGGCCGCCCGGGUACCCAGGAGCUGGACCAGGGCUCGGUCCGGCCGCGGCCGCCGGUGCAGGAUGAGGCCCCCCCAGCCCAGCAAGGCCCCGGGCAGGAGGGGGCAGCCGGGGCCCCCCCCCGCAGCCUGCCCCCCCCGCAGCCCCCAAUGCACCCGCAGGUCCCAGCAGGCAGAAUGACCGGCAGCAGCCCCGUGUCCCCUGCCUCCUCGGGCUCCCUAUAA